AUGAGGGUAUUUGGGCCAGGAUUUAUGAGGCCAAAUACCUUAAAGGUACGUCAAUUUUGGACCCUUCCCUGCUUCCAAAGUAGGUUUGUUCCUCUACUUGAAGGGGUAUUCUGCAUGGGGUGGAGUUACUCUCUAAGGGUAUGCUGUGGAGGAUUGGGAAAGGAGACAAUUAAAUUUUGGCAGGAUAGGUGGCUGAAUGGAAGACCUCGUCUUGAACAAGAUGGGGUUCUGCAAGUUGGGGAUGUAGCCUGGCCUACUGCUAAUGGUAUGCUCUCUGUAAAAACUCCUUAUACUCUCUUGUUUCAUGGUAGCAAAAUCUUAUCUAAUGAACAGAGGGCUCGGAGGCAUUUGGUUGAUGAUCCUGCCUGUAAUUACUAUAAUUGGCCAGUUGAAUCCAUCUUGCACAUUUUUAGGGACUGUGAGAAGGCUACUAAUGUUUGGCAUGCUAUGCUUGGUCCUGUUGCUCAUCCCCAUUUCUUACAUAUGGAGUUCCAUCCUUGGCCUCGCUCUAAUCUUUUGUCUAAAGCUAUGUGGGGCGAUCAUGUGCCUUGGACUCCAGUUUUUGUUUUUACCUGUUGGGUCUUAUGGAAGUGGAGAACUAAUCAUAUUUUUAAUAUAGAUGAUGAGGUCAGAUAUGAGCCUAAGAAGAUUAUUGUUGCCGCUGUAAAGGAGUGGUAUACGAGUAGCCAGGUUGGGGAUACAAAGGCUUCUAAAAUUCCCCUUUUGCUGGCCUGGGAACCGCUUGAACUGGGACAGUUUAAGCUUAAUGUGGAUGGGUCUAGAAGGUGUGCUUCAGGUUCUAUUGGUGCUGGAGGAGUGAUUUGUAAUUCUUUAGGGGAUUGGAUCUGUGGUUUUGCUGUGAACCUUGGCAUUCGUAGGCUCACUGUGGAAAUGGAUGCUGCCAUGGCUGUACUCCUAGUCCAGCAGCAUUCUAGGCUUGGCUCCCACCCUCUAGCUUCCUUGAUUGCUAGCUGUUGUGCGAUGGUGAGACAGUUUGGUGUUUGUGUUUUGAGCCACAUCUAUAGGGAAAGGAAUGAUGUGGCAGAUUGUUUGGCUAAAUGGAGCCAUGAUCUUGAUCUUGGGCUGUGUGUGCUUGAUGCAGCUCCAAGCUGGAUUGGUGCUUUAUUAGUUGAUGACUUAUUAGGAGUUCCUAGAACUCGUUGGGUUAGUUUAGCCUCUGGCUAA